GCACCAUCGAAGGGGUACAACGUUACGUACACCGUCUAACGAUUAACGGAGGGAACUACAAGCGUAACAACAUUCUUGUCCUCCCUGUACAUGCCGGGCCGCGGGAGUCCAGAGCAGUUCCAAUUCAGCCCACAUCGUUCAGUAAAUCCCUCGUCAUUCUCAUCUCGACUCCAGUCUGCCAAACGUCUUACCUGGCUGUGAUUGCUGCGAUGCGUUCCAAGUCACGAUAUAAGUUUUCCUGAAGCAGACGUCACAGCAAGGACAUUGUGCUGUGCCGACAGGCCACACGGCCACAUAUUUGAAGGCUUCUCGUCUACACGUCCACCGCUCGGCAGGCAUGGCAUCGCAAAAGCCCAAAGGCUGGAGUUCUCUGCUCUCAGGAGCUGUCGCAGGGCUAGAGUCACGGCUCGAUUCGAUCCUUGCGGAGGAUGAAAAGGCUGCGGCAAGAAACCAGACGACAGACGAAGAAGUCAAGAGGGCUAAAUCAACAGCAGCUGGUCAAGAGAAAGAGCGAUCUUCAUCACGUAACCGAGCAAAUGGACGUUUACAAGAUCGACUAGCGAAAGCUGUGGCCAAGAACAAUGAUGGUUCACGACCAGGAAGUCGACUAUCGUCCGAAACACCUUCCCGUGUGGAAAGCCCGGGGAUCGCGACAGAUGCUGGACGUGGAAGCUUGGAGUCUCGGGUAUCGGAAACGUUGUCGGAAUUGCAGCAGGAGGUGGUGGAUAAGGGCAAAGACCACGACACUUCGGAAUCGGAAAUCCAGCCUGCACAUCCGUCCUUGAACGCACCAAGCGUCCCAGAAGAGCCUCUGCCUAGGUUAUCAACCGACUCACCCAGCGCGAAGCCCUCCCUCGAGAUACCUGCAAUAUCGGAACCUCCUCAGGAUGAGGCUACCGCCGGCGCAGCGGACCAUGCGCUUACUUACGGAGAGGACAAUGUCGAAGAGCUCCGGAAAAAGUACGAGGAGGAAUCACGACAGCGGUCAGAAGAAAUGCAUGCACAUCUAGAAAGAAUCGAUGCCCUUCAAGCAAAGUUACAAUACCUCGCCAAAUCCGCUGCUGAGGCAGCACGUCACGCAAAGGAAUCGGCGGAGGCAGGCUCUCUCGACAGAAAACUGGCUGAGAAGGAAGAACAGAUUGCUCUUCUCAUGGACGAAGGCCAGACGUUGUCGAAGAAGGAGUUACAGCACAUGACCGCCAUCAAGAAAUUACGCGCCGAUGCGUCGGUGCAGGACAAAAGGCUAGGGGAGAUGAAAAAAAGGCUCGACGCUACUGAGCGAAACGCUUCAGAGGCGACCGAAAGAGCUCGACGGGCGGAAGUAAAUGAGCGGCAGGCGAUCGAGCGGAUGAAAGUUCUUGGAAGGUUGGAGAAGGAUGUGGAUCAGCUGCGAUUGGAUCGAGAGGCGGCGGCCUUGACGAUAGCGGACCUGAAACGGCAGCUCACGGAAGCCAACGACCGUGCGAUCGAUGCGGAAAGCCGCGUGCACGCCGACUCGCUGGAAGCUGAAAAACGGACGGUGGUCGACCUCACGGAUCAGUUGGAGAAUGCAAGCAUCGAGAAGAAGCUCGCUGAGGAUCGGGCCCGUUCGGAAAUUCAGGGGAUCAAGGAGCAACUAUCACAGCAACAGGAGAAGACCAAGCUGGCAGAGUCGGAGUUGAAGGCCGAAAUAUUGAACUUGGAAGGGAAACUGGAAUUUCUCCGAACGAAGUCCGAAGAAGUAUCGUCGAGUGAGAACGGUGAUUCGCAGGUCAAGCUCCUCCGCCAAAUCGAGACGCUGCAAACCCAAUAUUCGGUGGCGCGCGAGAACUGGCAGGGGAUCGAGAACAUGUUGAACGCUAGAUUAUCUACCGUCGAGAAGGAGCGAGACGAGGUCGCUCGACGCGAAGGGGAGCUCAGGAAACGGGCCCGGGAAGCCAACAUAAAAUCCCGACGCGCGGAAGAGGAGUUGGAUGCUGCACAUGAGCGGGUCCGAUCGUUCGAAAUGGACGCGGAAAACACUGCCAGCGCGCUCCAGCGGCUUCAAUCACAACUGGACGACGCCGAAAAUGCUCUGAGUAUGGCCAAGGACGCAUUCGAGCGGGAGAAGAAAGCAUGGGAACAGGAUGUGCAACACCGGAUCGACGAGGAGCGCUCGAAGAUCCGCAUGGAGACGGUGUCCAGCCCAGCGCAAGAGAAUAGCUUCCUUCGAGCCGAUUCCCCGUCCGCCUCCUUGAAUCGUAAAUUUUCCGGAAACGACUUCCUCGGCCCGCACAGUCGACGCAGCGGACGCGCCAUCUCAUCCGAUCUAGCCCCCCUGUCCGUCCCCGUGGACUCUGGCCGACCCCCGAGCCGGCGCACUUCGACUCUCCCGUCGUUAACCCCGGACAUGGUCGGUACGCCCCAACGACAAGAUUCCUUCCCGUCCUCCCUAUCGCAAUUCGGACUGGGCGUCAACGGCGCAUCCGGCGGCUUCAGCAAAGCCCCCGGCUUCUCGGGAACACCUCCGUCGAUUCACACCAUCGACCCGGACGAGGGUCUCGACACGGCGACCUCCAACAGCCCGCGCCGCACGAUCGCCGACAUGCUCUCCGUCAGCACCGUCGGCGCGGGUCCGUCCGUGCAGCUCGUCGAGCGGAUGAGUGCCGCGGUGCGGCGCCUGGAAGCGGAGAAGGCGGUCCAUCGCGAGGAGCUGGCUCGAGUCGCCGCCCAACGCGAUGAGGCGCGGGAGGAGGCGGUGGCGCUGAUGCGGGAGGCGGAGCAGGCGCGAGGGUUGGAAGAGCAGGUGGCGAGGCUAGGGGCGGAUUUGCAGGGGUUGGACCGGCGGUACGAGACGACGCUGCAGAUGUAUGGGGAGAAGAGCGAGCGGGUGGAGGAAUUGGAGAAUGAUGUGGUGGAUUUGAAAAAUAUGUUGCGGGAACUAGCGGAGAGUACGGUGAUGAAAAAGUGAAUACGCUCGAGAUUGGAGGAGGUGCGUUUACUGGCAAGGCAAAUUUCACUAGGACAUGGUUCCGUGUUUGAUCGCAUACGUGUCAGUCAUUGGAUACAUUGUGUGGCAAGAAAGGUGCCGCAAGGUUUACGUCUGCUGUAUCUCUAUCCCUUCCCGUUCGGCGCUCUGGAGGAUAUAGUUG